AUGGCAACUUUAAUUCCCUUUUUAACUCUCAUUAUUUUGUUUGAAAUUGUGUUGGUUAUCAAAGGAGAGCCUCUAGUUCCAGCAUUAUUUGCAUUUGGAGACUCAAUUAUUGAUGUUGGCAAUAACAACUAUUUACAAACGCUGGUUAAAGCAAACUUCUUCCCUUAUGGAAGAGACUUUGUGAAUCACUCUCCAACCGGAAGAUUUUCUAAUGGAAAGGUUGCCGCAGAUUAUGCAUCUGAGGUUUUUAGAUUUACCUCAUAUCAACCGGCUUACCUAAACCUAGUUAAGGAAAGAAACAAUCUUUUGAUCGGUGCCAACUUUGCCUCAGCUGCUACUGGUUACCAUCCUUCCACACCUAUAAAAUAUAAUGUACUUUCAUUAGGCCAACAACUAGAAUACUACAAGGAAUACCAGAAAGAAUUGGUGAAAACAAUUGGACAAUCAAAAGCACUAUCAGUAAUAUAUGGUUCAAUAUAUUUUGUUGUUGCCGGGAAUAGUGAUUUUGUACUAAAUUAUUACGUAGAUCCAUUUCUCCAAACAAUUUACACACCUUAUCAAUUCUCAGACAUUCUUUUGCAAUACUACUUUAAUUUCAUCCAGGAUUUAUAUGCACUAGGAGCAAGGAAGAUUGGUGUGUCAACAUUACCUCCUAUAGGUUGUAUGCCUAUAGUCAUCACUUUCUAUGGUUUUCCCUACAACACAUGUGUAGAAAAAAUAAACGAUGUUGCUAUUGACUUCAAUAAAAAACUCAAUCUCACUUCAACGAAAUUGCUAAAAAAGUUUCCAGACCUUAAACUGAUCAUCCUUGAUAUCUACCAACCUCUCUAUAAACUUAGCACCAAACCUUCUGAUUAUGGAUUUUCAGAAUCUAGGAAGGCUUGUUGUGGGACAGGAUUAGUAGAAGUUACUUUUGCAUGCAAUUCAAUAUCUAUAGGAACAUGUGCUAAUGCAUCGGAAUAUGUAUUUUGGGAUAGUUUUCAUCCCACACAAGCUACACACAAGAAUUUCGAAAUGGAUUUAGUGUGUCUUCCGUUAGAUCAACUUGAUGUUAUCCUUAGAAUGAACUGGUUGGAAUUCAACCAUGUUUAUAUGAACUGUUCAGCUAAGAUAAUUAUUUUUCCUGAGUCUAGGGAUGAGAAUUCUAGUGGAAAAGUAGCAAUUGGUAAUUUAGCGAUUGUUCGUGACUUUCCAGAGGUAUUUCCUGAAGAUAUAAGUGAUUUACCACCAGAGUGUAAAGUGGAGUUCGCGGUUGAUUUAAUUCCAUAUCGUAUGUCGGCAUCCGAAUUGAAAGAUUUGAAGAAUCAACUUGAAUAUUUGCUUGAGAAGAGUUUCAUUCGUUCGAGUGUGUCACUGUGGGUUGUACCAAUUUUGUUGGUUAAGAAGAAAGAAGGCUCUAUAAGACUUCGUGUGGAUUAUAUAGACAGUUGCAUAAGGACUUCUUCUGGAGUUAAGCUUGGUAUAUUGAACCUUACUAGUGGUAUUCUUGAUGAGAUUCGGAAAUGUCAGAAAUCUGAUUUGAGUUUGGUGGAUCGGAUGACUUUGAUCAAUCAAGGUCGGGGUGGUGAUUUUCGAAUUGAUGAAAGUGGUAUCAUGUGA